AUGAUCAUCCCAAUUGUUACUACUUUGACCUUUACAUUGCUUAUCAUCUAUCUUUUUUCGAUAUCAAGCAAGCCAAGGAUUAGUACUAAGAGAGAUGCCCCUCCACAAGUUCCCGGUGCAUGGCCUUUGAUUGGACAUAUCCAUCUCUUUAGGCCUUCAUUGAAGAAGGCAUUCCACAUAAUAUUAGGAGACAUGUCAAACAAAUACGGUCCAAUUUUCACCAUCAAAUUGGGGGUUAGACGUUUUGUUAUUGUGAGUAAAUCGGAGAUUGCCAAAGAGUGCUUCACUACAAAUGACAAAAUCCUCGGCGGCCGCUCUAACUCUAUAGCCUCCAAGAUCAUGGGGUACAACCAUGCUCUUAUUAUACUUGCCCCUUGUAGCGAUCACUGGCGUAACGUGCGCAAGAUCAUGACGCUCGAGCUUCUCUCGAAUCAAAAGAUUGAGACACUAAAACCUGUGGGAGAAUCUAUAGUGAACGCGUUCGUGAAGGAGAUACAUGAUCGAAGUAGGGUGUGUGAUGAUAAGAAUUUGGUGGUGGAGAUGACGAGAUGGUUUGAAGACAUUAAUAUGAGUGUUAUUUUUAGGAUGUUAGCGGGGAAGUCGUACUGUUCGGGCUCUUGGGGUGAUGUAUCGGAGGAGGAGAAGGAAAAGAACGAGCGUUUUGUGGAGGCGUUCCAUCGUUUUUUUGAGUUGGCUUCUAAUUCUUCGAUGGUGGAUUCAGUACCGUAUUUAGGAUGGUUGUAUUCUAUAUGGAUUAUAAGGGACUUGCAAAGGACGGCCGAGGAUCUAGAUCAACUUCUUCAAGGAUGGGUUGAAGAACAUAAGCAUAGCAGGUUGUUAGGGAAGAAAAAAGGAGAGAAAGACUUCAUUUAUGCAAUGCUAUCUAUUCUUGAUGAAGAUAAAGAGCUUCUCAAUGAUUAUGAUUUUGAUACCAUCAUUAAGUCUACAUGCCUGGCAAUAGUAGUAGGGGCAGGAGAUGCUACAGUUGUGACAUUGACAUGGGCUUUAUCUUUAUUGCUCAACAACCCAUAUGUGUUACGCAAAGCCCAACAAGAAUUAGACACUCAUGUUGGCAAGGAAAGGCAAAUCCAAGACUCAGAUCUACAAAACCUGGUAUACCUCCAAGCCAUUCUUAAAGAAACGCUGCGUUUAUAUCCUCCAGGUCCAGUCGCUGCACCACAUAGAGCAACGCAAGAUUGUACUAUAAAUGGUUACCAUAUCUCUGCUGGGACAGACAUCAUAUUCAAUAUUUCGAAACUACAACGAGAUCCGAUUACAUGGCCCGAUCCAGAUGCGUUUCGACCGGAAAGGUUUCUGACAAGUAGUCAUAAGGAUUUUGAUUUCAGAGGACACAAUUAUGAACUGAUACCGUUUAGCGCUGGAAGAAGAAUGUGCCCUGGAAUGUCUUAUGGUCUUCAAAUUACGCAACUCACACUUGCAAAAUUGUUGCACUGUUUUGACAUUGUGAGCGCCACGGAUGGACCAAUUGACAUGACUGAAUCUUUGCUGUUGACCAACCUUAAAGAGACCAAACUUGAUGUAUUUCUUUCUCCUCGCCUUCCUGCCCAUGUGUAUGAUUGAAAUUUCAACUUUGAAGUUAUUAACGUCUCUCUGUUUUUGCUAUUGUGUUAUUGUAGUAAAUGUCGUUUGUUUUGGGAGCAUGUCAGUAUGGACAAGAUUGUUAUGAUAUUUCUACU